UAUGAAUUUAUUUUUCUCUACUUCUCUACUCGUUGUGUCAAUCCGGCUACCUGUGAGGUUCGAAUUGUGCUUAAAUUGGUCGCGGUGAGUCAUAUGUUUUUGUUUCGUGGAAAUCCAUAAUUAAAGGUUGUCGCUUUUCUUGCCCGUGGUGAUUUGACGAUUUUGAUGAUUUAAAAUAGAAUCAAAAAAAAAUAUUAGAAAACAAUAACAACAACACAGCAUCAACAACAACAACAAACUGGUAACAAAAACCAUCGAACCAAAAGGCCAGCACAGCAAAGGGACGCUCAGGGUGCGGUGUGCCCUUUUUCCUGUUUUUCCAAUCGUGCCAAGGGUGCCACGGGAUGAAUGCAAAUUCAUCGACGGUUUCACGGAUCAACGGGUUUUAAUAACACGGCACAUGGCCACCUCCAACGAAACGGGACUGGAGUGGUAAAAUCCGGCGGCAAAAGUGGUUGGUGGUCGAAAUAGUCGAAAGCUUUCCCAACCUGUUGCUUACUGGACCGAUCAUCGGUUCAUCGGUGUUUGCAAAUGUACGCUUUUACCAGGAAUCGAUAUAUAGUUUCCUUUUUUUCCAUCAACAAAAAAGAUUUCACCGAGAAGGGAAGCAUGAAACGAAAAACUUGCCUACCGACACAGAACAGGAAAGCACAUAAUUCCGUUAACGCCAACGCGACCACACGCCCGAAGAACGGAACAAUUCAUUUGUGUUGUUUUGUGUUUUUAUUUUUUUUUUUACAAUAACGACGUCAUGGCCAUUGCCAAUGUUGCCUCCUACUGGAUUAUCCUUUUGCGCGGCUGGUUUUUUUUAUUUCGCAUUGGUCUGAGACAGUGGCAUGUGAACCACUUCACCUGCACUGGUGAAUAAAGAUGUCAAGUGGCCCAAAAAUUACGCACGGAACAAAACGAUAAACGAAAAACCACUUCUAACAUUUCGAUUUUCAUUCACCAAGCGCAGCAUAAUCAGCAGCAUAGAACAAACAAACACACGCACAUUAAAAUUAGCAUCAAACUAGGUGUGUAGGAGUAAAGAGAAAAGGAUAUCCUAAAUUAUUUACCCAAAACACAUGUCCAUGCAAUUUCGCCGGAAAAAUAGCAAAACCUAUGUUUGUGUUCGUGGAAAACUCCUGCAAAACAGUGCACACAGUCUACAAUCGAUUCGAGCAGUUUUCGAGCAGUUAGUAACGGUUUUUGUUAUGAUUGAAGCGCGCGCGUGGCAUUCUUUGCGGGCGACGGUGGUUAGUCCAUGGCGAAUGUAUUGAAACCAUUCCAACACUGAAGAAGGUCAUGUGGAUAAUUUUCCUCCGUUAUCCUUCAUUGUGCGCCAACCAUGUUGGUCGAUGUUUGUAAUAUUCCUUCCUUACGUUCGAACGAAUAUUUUGUGUGCGAGGGUUUUAGUAUUGACGUUCGAUGAUACCCGCGCUUCGGUUGAAAUCUUAAACGAAGACAAGGUUUUGCAAUGGCUCCGGUUUGUCUUACGAUCCGGAGGGUGGAAGUGGGUAGGCUGAUGCAUUGUUAUCCUUUUGUGGUGUUAAACAGUUGGAAAAGGAUGUAUUAUCUAUUCGGUCAUACGCUAGUUGGCGUAUGGCUUCUCUAAAGCUUGACUAACUAAUCGCCAACGAGCAACCACCAAGAGCGCCCACAUCCACCGAUCUUUGGGGACAAAAAUACGCACAAAGAAGGAUGAGUAUUUUCGAUACUCAUCGCUAUCGCUGCUGAAAGACGUCAUGUUAAAAGGGUCGAAACCCAGAACUCGAACUCGGAACGUUAAAUGAAACAAAAUUUCUUCCAAGAAUUAACUGUUUACAGAUUCUCUGCACGUGAAGGUUAAUGCAUACGAAACAUUUUACCCAAUCCACGCUAAUCGUGGUGUUCGUAAAGCUGUAGGAUUAUACUACGAUCGGAAACAUAAUGCUUUAAACUUUUUGAUGCGGGCCCUUUAAAAGGUGCAAGACGUUUUAGCGGAACCUUUCGUUGUUUUCAUUUACAAGAAAAAUGAGAGGAAAAUUGGAAUAUUGCAUAAAAAUAAAUAGAACAAAAAACAGACGUUGCUCACGAAUGUUGUUUACAUUCCGAAAAAUUCCAACCCACGUAGGAUGUUGGUACAUGUGCUUACAUUUACGUGUAUUCUAUGCAUUAAUGCAGCUUAACUUGACGCGAAUUUUAGGAUGCUUUAUCAUCAUACGGGAGCGUACUUAUAAAAUGCUAGCCAUGUACAUAAUUAAUGUGUAAGGAAAACAUUAUUCUUGUUGCUAAUCGCUUUCUUUAGUAAUGACUCACAAUUUAUCCUUUGGCGCUUUGAUUAAUUGUAAAUUUGAAAAGUUUUCCGUUUGCAUUGCUUCAAGAAAAGAAAUAACUUGGUAAAGAGAAGAAAAAUAAAAUAAAAGUCAGCCCCCCACCUCCAAAACCAUAAUUAGCAAUCAGUCAUGGAGCAUAUAGUUUUUACAUUUCUACAAUGGGCGGCUGUAAAUGAUCGUUCCCGAAAUGAACCAAUGCAAAAGCAGGCGUGGCUCACCAAAAAAAAAAACAAUCGUAACAAGAGCGGGAAGGAAAUAUUAAAAGCUAGUGGAAAAGGAGGGAAAAAAACAAUAGGAAAAAACUGGUAACCGGUUAUCGACCGGAAGCAACGACAGCGUGCAAACCAGCACCAUGAUUACCCAUUGGACGUUGGUAGUGUUGGUGGCGUUGGCCAUUACGGGCCCGUACAGUGCACUGGCCCGACCAGCGGAACCGGAAGCACCGGCCGAAAUCUACAACGAGCUGGCGGAGGAGUUCCAGCGGCUGCACAAUCAAGAGAUCCGCUUCCUGCAGUAUCUGUCCGUGCAGGCCGAAAGGCAACAGCGCGAAGAAGCAUAUCUGCAGGCGCAACGCGAACAACAACAGCUCUCCCUGGAAGCACGCAACUCACUGCUGGACGAUGGCGGUUCCCUGCUUGAUGAUGUACCGCAGGAGUAUGGCCGAUCCGAGGAUGGAACCUUGGCGAACGGUUCCGGACGCAAUCUGAGCGGCUUCGGGCAUGAAAUUGCCACCCAAACGGAAGCGGUACAAAAGGAAAUUCCACACCAGAAGAGCAAAAAUGAUAAGAAAAAUAAUCACUAUAUGUCGUUAUGCCAUUUCAAGCUUUGCAACAUGGGACGUAAACGUAACCAACGAUUUCCGCAAUUUUGGAACUAAAAAAGUUGAACACCGUUUGGAACAAGGACAGCUGAUGUACAACGAAACUAAAACAUAAACACAAAAAGCGCCCCAGUACUAAAGGAUAAUAAUAAUCCCGUGUCAACAUUGAAGGAUAGCAGGUAGAAGACAGAUGGAAAUGCCGGGUUCGAGGAUAGGCAUUAAGACAAUGACGCAAAUUUAUUCGCCCAGUACAACCAACAGCUUCACUAGCAGCAGCAGCACCAGCAGUAACAGAAGUUUUAGCAACGGUAUUUACCAUUUAUCGUUAUCAUAAGGGGAAAACAAGUAGGAAAAUCUGUACUCUUUCAAGCUAAACUACUACAUACUAAUGUGUCUCGCUUCACCAAAAAAAAAAACAAAAAACAAAACACAUUUUUAAAGAGACAAAUUUAAAAUACUUGAAAGCAAAUGAAGAAACACAAACACACGAGAAAAAAGACAAACUUAUUUAUGAAAAAAAUUUAAAUUAUUAAUUGAAAAUACUAUUGAAAUGUUACUUAAAUUUAUCUAUCGGUACAAUAUGCGACUGGGUGACUGGAAAUUAGGGAACGAGUUAAGCGUGAGGGAAAGAUUAGAUUCAAAACCAUCCACAACCAAACCGGCUUUAGUGCGGUUUGCAGCAACAUGAACAAGUAUUUAGAAUUAUUGUUUUUAUUUUAAUCCUUUGUCUAUCAACAUUCAUUUUCAUUUAAACAAAACGGUCUCACUCAUGUUAAGCUUUAGGCGUAGGCGCAAAUCGUUCCAAAACAAAGCCGUAUCACGCUUGCGUGAUGAAGAAGUUAGGGUUUACAUUUGUUUAUAAUUGCCUCUGCACCGAGUACGAAACCAAAACGGUUAGCAAAUGAUUCGUAUUAUUAGCUUUAAUUUUAUCUGUUAAUAUAAUUUUCGCAUUAAUCUGUACUUUCGUUCGUUUGCUUCGUUCACACUAGAGUGGUACAAAAACACAACGUAUGUAACGAUCGCAAAACAGGAAUAAGACUUUAUGAAAAGAAACUCAGAUUGAUUGAUUGACAAGCUACUUUUAACCAUGUUCCGAACGCGUCCGGUAAAGAAAAAAAAACGAGCAUACCGCAAAAAGGUGUUGGGGUGUGUUGCAAAACAUAUAACAUUAUUCCUUCCAUCUGGGAAGCCUGUGUAUGUCCGUAUGUCCUGCGUCCAUGUCCAGUUCCCAUUUUAUGGUACACCAUUCUGCUUCAAUGUAUGUGAGACUAUAAUGCGAUGGAAAGAUGGAACAUGUUAUACAGUAACAGACAAACGAAAGCAUAACAUUAACGGUCACUACUAUUUAUAAACCCAUGCUACAUCGGCUAAUGUAAUGAUUUAAUCGCAAAGAAAAGAACAAAAAAAACACUCAAAAACUUAAAUGAAACUGUGAGAUAAUGCUUUGUUUUAAGCGUGCAUGUGUAUAUAUGUAUGGUAGUAUGUAUGUAAUUGUGAUUGCCGCUAAUAAUAUCAUCAUUUUCCCGAACGAUAUCGUGAGCUAUACGCGCAUCGAUCGGGACCUACUGUUUCGGACUGUUUGAAA